AUGACGGAAAGCUCACACACAAACCGCAUCCCGCAUUACCUUCUUUCCCUCCCUUACGGGCGGAAGCUCGUCCGGGACUUGAAGACAGCCGCCCAAUCCUCCACUGCCCCCUUAGCCAGCGAAACGACGACACCUUCCGGCUAUAGUGCAGCUGCGCGCUUGAACAUUAAACUCAGUAGCAUGGGGCUUUUAGGAACGUCACCGCAGAAAUACAUCCUUGCCAACCCUGACUACCUCGAAAUGCUCUCGCCAAUUCUUCAGGAGCAGGCCUCCGGAGUGACGCCGUUCUUGGGACUUGGCGCGUCGGCCGUACCGCGUAUGGACGGCAGUGAGGCAGCAAAGGCUGACACCUUACCACCGCCGUUGCAACGCCGGGUGUCUAACCGCGGGUACCGCUACAACCCCAACCACGAUCAUAUAUUCAACGAAAUCGAGGAGGACGACGACGACAACGAUUUGGAUGCAGAAGAUUUGGACGGCGAUGAUGACAGCUAUGAUGAUGGCACCGUAUCUAUUUCUGUGACACACCCCUCGGAGCCAGGUUUCUACAAUCGGGCCAUCCAUCUGCGCAGUCUCGCAAACUCCUUGGUGGAGUCGGAAUUGACAGAUACGGUUUAUGAGCAGAUCACGGAUUUGGAGGAGAUUCGGCUCUUGCUGUCCAAAAAGGCAGUUCGAGGAGGCUCCUUUGAAGACGUUGCCCAUUUGCCCACCACCUGGGUCAAGCCUGACCACGGGGAAAAGGGCGCACCGGGAGUGACUAUUUCCCCGACGAGAAAUCUUGUGGAUGUGACGAUCUGCCACCCGCAGUCUCUGGGCUCAACCGACUCCGUGGCAGGUGACUACACGUUCAUCCACACAAACACAAGUAUCUCACAGUACAUCGGGGUGUUCUACUUCGAAACAGAAAUCAUGUUUGACUUGGUGAACCCGUUUGCCUCGGGCCGCAACAGCCGCGCGUACUACGGCGGUGACCACUUUCACCAGCACUAUGCCAAUAACAACGAUCUCAUCUUGGGGUUUAUCCAGACACAUGUGCUCAAUGAUACCACAGCGGCACCGUCGCUCUCGGCGUUGACCCACUCGCCGCUCAUGAAUCCACACUCGCUCGUGCUUUCAGUCAAUGACGCGAUGUACUACAAUCGUGCGGGCAAGAAGGUUUCGUUACCGCGUGGGUGCGUGUUCAAGAAGGGCGACGUGGUGGGGCUCGGCCUUAACUUCAUCACCAACACUGUGCUCAUCACAUGCAACGGGUUUAACUUCGCGGAGAUCCCCGAGGAGUAUCGCGACUUGACUCCGCGCCAUAUAUGCUCGGUGAAAUGCCAGAACGGUGGCGUGUGUGACGAUGACACGGUGCACUACAUGGGUCAGGAAACGAACGAGUGGAUGCCCAUGUUGCUCUGCUCACAGAGCGUGGAGAAUGUGCAUCUCCGGACGAACUUCGGGUCAAAGGUAGGGACGGACCAUGCUGAAAAAGACUUUCUCUUUGACAUUGUGGGCUACGUGAAGCACAGCCAGGAGACGAUCUAUAACUCCAUCUUGAAAGCUGUUCCGGCAGAGCCACUAACAAAGACAGCCAAAGAAAAGCGGAAGUUUGGCAAGGAGUUGGCGCGGGCACGGACCGCCGCCAAGGUGGAGAAGAAAACCAUUGACGCCACCGCCAUGAACCAGAUGGUGAUGUCAUUUUUGGUCAACCGGGGGUACCUUUCCACCACACGGGCGCUUCUCCAGGACUUGAGCGCCGACGAUGCUAGUAGGCUCAUGGAGAUGGCUGACGACUCUACCACGCAUUUGUCGAACAGAAAAAUCGUCAUGGAUUAUAUCUUGGCUGAUAAACCGUCGAUGGCGUUGCGGUUCUGCGAGUUAAAUUACCCCGCCUUGGUGGACUCGGAUGAGCCCUCAGACCUUUCACCGGACUUGAAGGAGCUUGCAAGCUUGGUAUUUUUCCAAGUGGAGUGCUUGAUUCUCUAUGAGAUGAUUAAGCAGCAAGCAGCGUGCGAUACAGAGGAUGAUAAGGCAUUGGCGGAGGCGAUAAGGUACGGCCAGAAGUUGUACCAGAAGUACAAGGCGCUUCACACGAAGAUCAGCAUGGAGCCACUAACAAUUCUCACCUCUCUCUUGGCCGAGUCGAGCGAAACGUUAAAAGAGGUGUUCGGAUGCAGCAAGGAUCGUUUGAAGAUGGAUCAGUCGAAACACGUCACCGCAAAGGCCCUUAAUGUGUUGAUUUUGUACUCGUUGAAAAUCAGGGGCAAGUGCGAUUUGGAGGCGAUGGUGGACGAUAUCAAAGCAAAUUUGAGGCAGAUGAGGCAGAUCAGUGCAAUGAAUGAGCGCCGUGUGGGGAAGUUGUUUGUGGAGAGUAACGCAAUUUGCUUGCAGGACUUUCUUGAAUAGAAGGGGCCUUGAGUGUUCAGCUUAUCAGCUGAACCCCAGCCUCGCUGUGUAGUAAGCUUCAUUCCCUUGUUCAAACGCACUGUAUGGGUUUCUCUUUCUAUGAAUGGUUAUCCCCAGGACUCUAUCCGAGCUUCGAAGUAGUUGGCAGUACUAGAAACAGAGGUAAAGGAACGGUUAGUGCGUCACAUCGAUUUUUGUUAAUGGGCUACUUUACAGGUAGACAACCAUUGACAAAAAUGUCCCAUCUCUGGCUCGUUUAACAAAUCAUGUCAAGGUUAGGGAGUUCUUCCCCGGAUUAUUAAGCGUUGUAAGAGUGAAGAUAGGACUCACGGAUCACUCAGGAAAUGAGGAUUUGUAGGUGAAUUUAUACACCCAAUCAUACACCUAAUCAUUUCUAGAUUUUCAUAGGCCGUGAAGGUUCCCGCAAAGGAUUUAGUGUAUAUGUAAGUAAAUUUCCC